AUGAUCAAUUUCUUCGGCGGCAAACCGCCAGCCACCAACAAGCAGCCGGCGUCCACAUCCAACGGUGUAGGCACCUCCUCCGCCUCCACCUCGUCGUCUGCUGCUGCCGCCCAGCCUCCACUCAAAAAGACAAAGUUGGCCCCACCACCGCCCGUCACAGUCGUCACCACCGUCAAGAAGAAGGUCGCCCCUCCUCCGACCACACAGCCUCGUGAUCCCAUCGCUGCCCUCUCUGGCCGCUCCAAGAAUGCACUUCCGGAGGAGAAGCGUCGUCGUAUCAUCGAAGAGAGGCUCGCUGCCCAACAACAAAAGUCGAUCGAGACCAGUCUCGAGGCUCAAUUGAGAGCACCAGUCAAGUCCUCCUCCAAAUCCAAGAGCUCCAGCUCGAGCUUGAAAAGGGCAUCUGCACCAGCAUCCAAGCCUAAACCAAAGAAACCGCGCAAGAAGGUCCUCGACUCGGACGAUGACGAUGACGACUUUGGAGGCUAUGGUCAGUCAUCUCGAAAUGGAAGCACCGCCCCUUCCACUCCGAGAGGGUCGAAGCGGGCCAGCGUAGACCCACACCCGACCUCCGACAGCUAUCAGAAGGUUGGCAGAGAAGGCGUGCUGCCCAACUACACUGUUCCGCGAGACAUUCUGGCGUCCCAAUCCGCGCCCUCCGAUGCAGACGCAGCAGCCUCCACAAAUGACAAACUUGGCACGCCCAUCUCAUCGGCCGACAUUGUCACUUCCAAUAUCAAGAGCUACGGGCCCUACUUCAACGGCCUCGGCGAUGCACCGCGUGCUACUCUCGAGUAUCCUGGUGCCAAUGCUUCCGAGGAGUUUCUGCUGCUGGUCCCCAAGGAUACCGACGAAUAUGACCCGCUGUUCGAGCUUCUCGCCACCGUCCGCACCAUCGUCACUCACUACCUCACCGAUGAACAGCGCGAAGCUUUUGGCUCGCUUGACAGCCUCCAGGUCUCCAACAACGCCGGCAUGAUCCUGCCCAGCGCCAGCAACGGAGCUGGCGCCACAAGCGUAUCUUCCAACACAGUCGCUGCACUGGCCGAGACAAACGGCAUCAACGGCACACGCGCUAAGUCGGCCGAUUUGCUUGAUGGGCAGGGCUCCAAAGCUGAGCGUCGGGAUGAGCUCGUCGGCGGUCUCUCUUCAGAAGAGGCCGGGUCAAAGACGCCAGAUCCGCACACCAACGGCAUUUCUCAGACGGCUCCCGAGUCUCCCACCUCGCACAACGGCAGCGUCUCCGCCUCCACCGGUGGCAGCUCCGUCGCCAAGACCGUCCUCAUUAACAACGCGCUCCUUCGACUCGACUCUCCCGCACCAACCGAGUCCUCUCUCGCAUCGGACCUUUCCUCGAAUCCGGCCUCGCCCGCCGAUCCCGACUCGAUCCUGCGCUCCUUCACCAAGGCACGCAAUCGCCGUGACGGUCCGCUCUUCAUGCGCACCCUCUCGCGCUUCAACGCCGCUCUCGUCGCUCUCCGCUCCACCGGCGCGCUCUCCACCAACAUCGCUGCGCUGGGCACCACCACCGGUGUACCAGAAGGCAUCUGGCGUCUGAUCCAAGACCAAGUGUACGCACGAAUCGUCGGUCCGCGCGUCGAAGAGUUGGGUCGCUACCAAGCGUUCUCCGACAACGUCUAUGGCGAACUCCUGCCUCGGUUCAUGUCCGAGAUUGCGCAGCUGACGUCUCUCGGACCUGGAAAGGUCUUUGUAGACCUCGGUUCCGGAGUGGGCAACCUGUUGAUCCAGACGAGUCUUCAAACGGGCGCCGAGGCGUACGGAUGCGAAAUGAUGCCCGUUCCCGCGUCGCUUGCGUCGCAGCAGAUCACGGAGGCACAGUCGCGCUGGGCAGCGUGGGGUCUGCGCGGUGGCGAAGCCGUCGAAGCGUGGGCGGGCGACUUUGGCGAACAUACAGGCGUGAGGGACGUGCUGAAACGCGCCGAUGUGGUGCUGGUCAACAACUACGCGUUUCUGCCUAAGACCAACGAGAACCUCUCGUUGCUGUUUUUGGAUCUGCCGGACGGAGCACAGAUCGUAUCGUUGAAGCCGUUCGUUCCGCCGGACUUCAGGUUGACGCAGCGCACGCUGAGCAGUCCACUGGCGAUCUUGAGGGUCACGGAGAGGCUGUAUACGAGCGGGUGCGUGAGUUGGGCGGAUGGUGGCGGAAAGUACUACAUUCAGACGGUGGAUAGGAGUCUGGUGAGGGAGUUCUUGGAGGCGGCGAAUGGGGAUGGAGCAGCAAGCGGGAAGAGAGGCAGGGCAAAGGGAAAGUUGGGAAGGGGCGACAGCGAGGAUAUGAUGGUCGGCCAGGAUGUUAGGCGCAAGCGGUGGAAGGCUGCUCUGGAGGACGACGAUGACGAUGAAGGGGAGGAUGAGAUUUAG